GUUCAAAGAGUCAGGCCCCGCCCCCGCAGGCCCCGAGCCCGCUUUGAAGUGCUGAUGUGGCCUGGAAGGGGCCACUUCACACCUCGGGCCGGGGAUAAAGCGGCCCCGGGCCCUGGACGCAGCGUCUGGUCUCGGCUGCCAUGGCCCAGCCCCUGUGCCCGCUGCGCUCCGAGUCCUGGCUUCUGUCCCCGGGCUGGGGGCCGCCACCUCCCGGCGACAAGGCCAGCGGCUGCUCCCCAGCCUCGUCCCCGGACCCGUGGGACAGCGGUCCAGCCGCCCGCGCCCCGACGGCGGGGAGACGCGGCAGCCGCCUGGGCAGCCGGCAGCGGCAGAGCGCCAGCGAGCGCGAGAAACUGCGCAUGCGCACGCUCGCCCGCGCCCUGCACGAGCUGCGCCGCUUCCUGCCGCCCGCCGUGGCGCCCGCCGGCCAGCGCCUCACCAAGAUCGAGACGCUGCGCCUGGCCAUCCGCUACAUCGGCCACCUGUCGGCCGUGCUGGGCCUCAGCGACGACGGUCUGCAGCGCCGCCGGCGACGUGCGGACGCCGCGUCCCCUCGGGGCUGCUGCUGCUGCCCGCUCUGCCCCGACGGCGGCCCUGGUGGUGGCCCUGGUAGUGGCGGUCCCAGCCUGGGCUCGGCCAUCUGCCACGGGGCCACCUGGGAGUCCCCACCCACCCGACCCAGACCCCGAGCCGCGCCCGAGCCUUGCGAUCUGCCCGUGCUUAAUGCCGAGUGUCCAGCGGAGCCGAGCCCCUCGUCGCCGCCCUUUCCCUGCGAAAUGCUGGCCCUGCUGGAGAACUGGAUGCCCCUCUCGCCCCAGGAGUGGCCGCCGGCCUGAGGAGUCAGUGACAGCGGACGACUGGCGCCCUGUGUGAGCACCGAGACUGCUGGCCUCAGCACCUUGGAGGCGGAUUCCCUGCCCUGGAAGGACCACCAGCUAUUCUGAUGGCAUGGCCUCGUCCAGGAAGGCCUCCCCAGCCCCACCGCUGCCACUGCUGUGGAAGGAGGGACCUGGGGGCAGGGCUUUGCAGCCUGCGGGAGGCUCUACCUGCUGUGUAUUUAUUUAUUUGUGAAUAAACUAUUUGAGCUGGUGUCCCUCUGCCUGUACACACGGCUCCCAACCUCCCUGCCAAACAUGGAGUGUCAAGAGGGGCUCUUGUCAUCUUCAGCCCCCAAACACA